UGUCCUGAACGUGUAGAUUUUUCUAAACGGAAAACCGUGGUCAUUUUGUCUUGCUCUUCUGUGUUUUGGAGUUUGUGUGUCCAGACGAGAGAGAAGCCACCUCUAGGCCCACGAAGACGUCGGUGCAAGUGGAAAAGGACCAUGAUGACUGCACUCUCAUUGACUCUCAUCAUGAUGGCAAUGAGUGGGAGUGCCACAGCCCUGGGUAUUUUUUAUCCGUUUGGAUCGGCUGCAGGUGAUACUUUCAGCAAUCGCUCACAUAACGGCAGCUCCCCUCUCGUUCCCCUGCUCCGCUUGUUCCCUUUCUUUGGUGGCGCGUUCCAGCAGAUAUACGUGAAUCACAAUGGAUACCUCACUUUUGACCAGUCACUCUUUCAAGGCGCAAGUCCAAGUCAGUUCCCUUUAUUCCUGAACAUUAUUGCCCCCUUUUGGGCAGAUUUAGACAAUCGUGAAAAAGGGAACAUUUCCUACCAGCAGUACACAACUGGUGAUGUUCUUCAAAACGCAACUCAGGACAUCAACUCCUACUUCCCCAAUGUGAAUUUUACUGCUACCUGGGUGUUUGUGGCCACAUGGGACAGGGUGGCCUACUUUCCAAACUCAGGAACAGAGACGACCUUCCAGGUGGUUUUGAUUUCUGACAGUAAUCUGUCCUUUAUCUUCAUGAACUAUGGUGACAUUGCCCCACCUUCAAUGGAGGUAGAGAUUGGAUAUGACAACUGGGAAGCCCACGGGUCUCUACGCACCUGCUAUCCAAACAACACCAUAGACGUAGUGAACUUGCACAGCUCCAGUAACAUCAAUGUUCGGGGCCGCUGGGCCUUUGCUACAUCCCUCCAGUCAGAGGGCUUCAGCUGUGGGUAUAGUAGUGCCCCAGGCAUUUUUUAUCCGUUUGGGUCAGCUGCGGGUGAUACUUUCAGCUUUCGUUCAGAUGACGGCAGCUCCCCUCUCAUUCCCCUGCUCCCCUCGUUCCCUUACUUUGGUCGCACGUACCAGCAGAUAUACGUGAAUCACAAUGGAGACCUCACUUUCAAUCAGCCACUCUUUCAAUACGUGCCUAAUGAGUUCCCUGAGAACUCGACGAGGGACAUUAUCGCCCCUUUCUGGAUAGAUUUAGACAACCGUGGAAAAGGAAGCAUUUCCUACCAGCAGUAUACUACUGGUGAUGUUCUUCAAAACGCAACUCGAGAUGUCAACUCCUACUUCCCCAAUGUGACCUUUACUGCUACCUGGGUGUUUGUGGCCACAUGGGAUAGGGUGGCCUAUUUUCCAAACACAGGAACAGAGACGACCUUCCAGGUGGUUUUGAUUUCUGACAGUAAUCUGUCCUUUGUCUUCAUGAACUAUGGUGCCAUUGCCCCAACUUUGCAAAAAGCACAGAUUGGAUACGACACCAUUGGCUCGUCCCACCACGUGUCUCUACGCACCUUCUAUCCAAACAACACCAUAGACGUAGUGAACUUGCACAGCUCCAGUAACAUCAAUGUUCAGGGCCGCUGGGCCUUUGCCACGUCCCUCCGGUCAGAGGGCGCCAGCUAUGAUGUCGUUGGUGUAAAACUGAAAGUUUCUUCUGCUGAAAAUCUCAGUGAGGAUGAGAUUGAGGAACGGAUUCUGAAACCAUUUGGAGACCUCCUAAAGAAGCGUGGAAUAGACGUCUCUGACAUACGCUUGCGAAGGUUUUACAAGACAGAACUCUGAGAGAAGGAUGGAGAGAAGAGGAUAAGAAGGAUGCAGGAUAUGGACCCAAACACCACCUCAACACCCUCAAACACCACCCAACAGUUCACCACUGGAGUUCACAUUCCACCCAAACACCACCCAACAGCAGGAGUCCCAACUCCUCACAAAUACCCUCAAACACCACCCAAAUAACCUCACCACACCACCCAAAUACCCUCAAACACCACCCAAAUAACCUCACCACACCACCCUAACAGCCACAGGAACACCACAAAAAACAUCCUGACCCUCAAACAUCACCAAAACAUCCUCACCCAACAUACUUUGCAUGUGACAUCAAAACUACUGGCUGGCGGGCAGGGACAUCAUUCUCCAGCAACAAAACCCAGCAAACUGAUCAAGGCCACGGCAGACAGACAGACAGACAGACAGACAGACAGACAGACAGACACACAGACACACAGACACACACACACACACACACACACACACACACACACACACAGAGACAUAGACACACACACACACACACACACAGACACAGACACAGACACACACACACACACACACACAGACAGACAGACAGACAGACAGACAGAAACAGACACAGACACACCCAGACACACACACACACAGACAGACCCACACCCACACACAGACACACACACACACAGACAGACAGACAGACAGACACACACACACACACACACACACAGAGACAUAGACACACACACACACACACACACACACACACACACACACACACACACACACACACACACACACAGACACAGACACAGACACAGACACACACACACACAGACACACAGACACACAGACAGACAGACAGACAGACAGACACACACAGACACAGACACAGACACAGACACACACUUGGGGCAGCUGUGGUCUACUGGUUAGGGCUUGGGGCUUGUAACUGGAGGGUUGCCGGAUCGAUCUCUGGCUGAAGUGCCCUUAAGCAAGGCACCUACUGUAACCCCUUACUGCUCCCCGAGCACCGCUGGUUGGGCAGGCAGCUCACUGCUCUGGAUUAGUGUGUGAUUCACCUCACUGUAUGUUCACUGUGUGCUGUGUGUGUUCACUAAUUCGAAUAAAUUGGGUUAAAUGCAGAGAAA